UUCAAAUUCAUGAUAGGUGAUCAGAUUCAGCUUUGAUAUUUUUAGGCUUUGAAAACCGGCAAGCGACAAGUGCCAAAGAAUGGAGAGGAAGCCCCAGAGAUCCACCGCCGAUCUACUGACGUGGUCUGAGGAGAUCCGUCCUUCCACCCACUCCUCCCCCAUUGUCUCCUCCCGGUCCCACCACCACCUGCCCCCCGAUGGGAUCAGUAAUACCUUGUAUGGAGGUCUAGUCACUGACCACGAAUCCUACACCCUCAAUCAAUGGAAGCCUUGUUCAGGGUAUAAAUUAAAGGACAUUACCGGAAGCAAAAUAUUUGCCGGUGAAGAUGGAGGACCAGAAUCCAGCAAUGCUUAUUACAAUCAUAACAACAGAACAGGAUUACAUACUUAUCAGCAAGCAAUAAAUGGAAUAAGCCAGAUUUCAUUCAGUAUGGAGGAGAAGGUUUCUCCCCAAAAAAUGAAUACUCUCUCUGAGGUAGCAAAGCAGCGUGAGUUAAGUGGGACGCUAGAAAGUGAUUUGGAUGCUAAGACUCAGAAGCAACCGUCUGAUGCAAAGUGCAAGGAACUCAGUGGACAUGAUAUUUUUGGGGAACCUCCUGAAAUUCCUCCUCGAUCAUUGGCUGCUGUACAAUCCUUGGAAGCCAAAGAAAGCAAAGACAUGGUUGAACCUGCGCCACGAAAUGUGCGGACAUCUGUCAAAGUUUCUAAACCUGCUGGAGGUCAAAGUAACAUCCGAUUUAGCGAAGAACCUGUGAUCAAGAAUGUGCAGAAAACACAUGACCAAAAGUUUGCAGAGCUGACGGGGACUGGCAUGUUCAAGGGAGACGUCCCUCCAGGGUCUGCUGAAAAACCAUGGAGCAAUGCGAAGCUGAGAGAAAUGAGCGGCAAUGAUAUAUUUGGUGACGGAAAGGCAGAGUCCAGAGACCACCUGGGAGGUAUUCGCCAGCCCCCUGGUGGCGAGAGCAGCAUUGCCUUGGUUUGAUUUUUUGUAUUUGUUGCUAUGCUUGGUCCCUCUAUUGUCUCACUGUGUCUCAUGUUCGGACUAGUGAAGCAUUCUUUUUAUGCUUGUCACUGUUGUUGCCCUUGUGGAAUGUGGACUGGUAAAUGGACGUUAUAGUAUAAGAACAGCUUUAGGGCUUAACAUUCAGUUUAGAAGAUGGGUAUGGGAGAUUAAAUUGUGCUUCAAUUGUUCUUUCCAA